AUGAUGAUGCAAAAGUACCGGAAGAAAAGGUCGAAUUGGGCAAUUGAAGCUGAUGGUGAAUCAUCCCAGCGUCCUUCCACACGGCUCGGCUGCGCGUCAGCUUUUCAAGAUGUUCGUCAGGGUUUCAAGCUGUCCGCCAUCACACCUCGCCGCUUGACGAGGGGCGUUUGGAGAGCGAAAAGCGGUUUUGGUAUCGAGGGCACGGUGAUGGUCUUCAAGACCCCUACAGUGGCGCCCUUCCAAUACCUCGCCCAAGGGAAAUCAGAGGAUUCGUUCUUCAUCACGGACGUUCGUCGGGCCACCGGCCCUUCCGGCGUGUGGGACAACCCCCCCAACCUCUACUUUCGCUUUUUCCACGGCAUCAAUACUUGGAAUGGCGUGCACUACCAGAUCAACAAGCUGCCCGGCGACAACGCGUGGUGCAGCAAUCUUGAGACACGGACGUUUGGCUGCGAGUCUGAAAUGGACAACGAACUGCAUCACUUUGUUCGCGGAAUCUGUGCCGACGUUGUUGCUGCCCUUGCGGCUGCCCCCAAGGAAAGCUAG